AUGGAGUUCACCAAUUCAACUAGCUUCCCAAUACUCACGACAGAGUUUAACUUGGAAGAUAUCAAAAUUGAACGGCGAACAAAUGUACGUGUCGCUCUGAUAGUUUCCUAUAGUGUAAUCAUCAUAUGUGGUUUGCUAACGAACUUGUUUGUCUGUUUUGUACUCAUCUGCAAGUACAGUUCACUUGUCAAGAAGAAUUACAUUUUUCUUAAUCUGGCGGUUGCAGACAUGCUGCUUAUUGUGUUAUGUGCGCCGUUUACUCUUGUCUAUGUGGUCCUCGAUUCAUGGGUGUUCGGUGACGCGAUGUGCCACAUUCUUCCGCUUCUACAAUCUGUCUCGGUGUUCACGUCUACGUUCUCGCUAACAUCGGUAGCAGUCGACCGCCACAAUUUCGUGUUCAGACCCUUGGGAGAAUUCACGAGCACUUUCAGAUGUACAGUUUCCAUAUCAGUUAUCUGGACAAUGGCGAUUCUGCUCUCCAUUCCUAUGGGGGUGAAUAACACCACAAUAACGGUCGAAAUAUCACAGAUAGACCACGUGGUUAGCAUUUGCUCGGAGAAUUGGCCAUACGAGUACAGUCGUACUGCUUACACUAUUGCUAUGUUUUUCAUACAGUUCGUUAUUCCCGUCAUUAUCAUGUGUAUUUUGUACGCGAGGAUUUCGGUGAAGAUAAGAAACCGAGUAACUCCGAACACAUCUUCGGAAUCCCUCCAAGUAGAACGUGUGUUAAAGGAAGAGAAACGUAACAGGAAGGUGAAUUUCAUACUUUUGUUAAUUAUAGUACUGUUUGCUGUGUGCUGGCUACCGAUCAAUAUUUUCAAUAUUCUCUGCGAUAUAUAUUUCCACACAGUGAACAACAGAUACUUCACCAUAUCGUAUGCCGUUUGUCAUAUGACAGCAAUGAGUUCGGCAAGUUUGAAUCCGAUACUCUACGGUUGGACGAAUGAGUACACGCGAAAUGAGGCGAAAGCUGUCUUCAGAUGGUGCUGUUGCCGAUGUCGUUGUCCUGCACCAGAAAUGUCGAGUGUAUCAUCACCCGACAAUCCUCGACAAUCACCGGAUCCAAACCAUGUGUUUAUUAUACUCGCGGAUAUGCCACGGAAUAUGACUUAA